AUGGCAAGAAAGAAAGCAUCUGAGCUUACCUAUCCGGGGAGAUCGCACCCUACCUUCACCGCCGAAGAAGCCAAAGACCGUGAGCGGCAGCGACAGAGAGAUAAGCGUGCGCGUCGAAAGCUCGAAAGAAGCACGAGGCCGGUCCCUCCAGACACAGAAAAUGCCAAGAGUGAUAUUAGCCAGAAAGAGUCCAUACUAGGAGAUGAAUAUUACAACAGACCGUCCGACAAGGCAGCUCUAUCUUCCAACCCUCUAUCCCCCAAUACCGACAUCUGGAAUGUUAAUACGCUGCGCAGAGGACUACAGGAUGCUACAGAUCCUAGGGAGAUCAAGAGCCAUUACGCUACUAGCAACGGCUCAGGCCCCGGCGAUGCUUGCGCCACCCACUCGUACUCCAGUGAGGAAGAUCCACUGAAUAUUAAGGACGGAGUCGUUCUUGAAGGGGGCGAGUCCGAGACCCUUACCCCUUAUAUCGACAGACUACAUCCAAGCAGCCGCAGCGACCUUUCACCGAGGCCACAGCCCACUACGUACAUGCAGCCGCAUCCAAAGGGUUCGCCCUCCUCCUCGGCCAGACUGUCUUCUCCAGCCCCACGCCCAGUGACUAUAUCUCUUUGCACCCUCGCCGUUCCGGACAGCCAGGGCAAAUCAAGUGCGAGUAUCAGCGCGCAGUCUCCGCGCGGCGACAGUGGCAGUGAAGCACCGGAUUCUGGCCGUUCGAGUCCAUUGAGCCCCCUCCAAGAAAACUGGCUUCAAGAGCAAUCGCUUUUCAUUACCGAUGACGAAGAUAAGGGAGGGAGUUCUUCAGACUGUGGUAGAAGUGACUAUACCGCUGACGAGGAAGAUGCUCCUUAUCGCGAGGACGGCAAGCGACUCCAUGCUGAAACUGUCGACAACAGAAAGUAUAGCACGGCAGCUGAGUGGGUGCAAGCCCAUAUGCUAGACGAGCCAGUAUGCAACACCUACCUCGACGAGGCCGGGCAAGUAAAGAGAGACGACGGCCUCAGCCUCCAAGAGAUGGCCACCUAUAUUCAAGAUCUCGGUGUACCAGAUGCCCUAGCAGGCUCGAAACCAACCAUCGAGGGCAAUCAGCCUUGGGAGGAGGCGCUGAGUGGAGGCGCGGCUCCACCAGUAUUGAACAUGGCCAAAUCUCAUCAGCCAGACGAGGAGGUUGCAGCCCAGUUCGACGUCGAUGCAGUGCUUGCCGAAGUAUCAUCGCUCCGAGCAUUCCGGGGCUUUCGAUUCUCCUACUACCCUCGACCUCAACGAAAUCUACAGAAGCCUAUUCAUAUGCGGUUCCACGGCAAGCAACUACACUUAUAUCGACACAUCCAUUUUGGAGAGGCUCUUUUCGCGCAUGACAUCCACAUCUACAUCGCAUUUCCCAGUAUGCUACUAAUCAAUGAGACAUUCCUAACAGAAGAACAACAUACCCUCUGGAUCGACGGUGUUGUCUUGCCAUUACUGCGUAGUAUAUUGCCUCCGACGUCAAUGCAGCAUUUUCCAGCGACCUGGGCAAUUGGUGCUAGCCAAAUGCGAGCAAAGCAUAAUAAACAUCGAACUUUGGACAUUGGGGGCACCAAUCCCAUAUACUACGCAGUGAAUGAGGCCUCGGUGCCAGGUCUAUGGGAGGCCAUGCUAUCGAGGCUUUCAGACCCACGUUUCCACAUCUUUCGAGGGAUGUUCAUUGUUUUCGAGGCGUACGGAACUAAACUCAUGUGGACCGACACUUCUUUCUCCACCUUACGCGAAAACGUGCUAUCCGCCUUGAAUAAGAGUAUCGAUCGAAGGUAUCUUAUCCCCGAGAAGACAUACUUUAACGUCGGGAAGGAGACUGUCUUAAGGGCCCCUCGAGUUUAUUGGUGGAAAACGUGUUGUUUACAGCACUGGCUUGACUCGGCAGAUCCUAAAGCUCGUAUGGAACGGCAUAUUCAUCCCGUAAGCAGCACUCGAGAUGCCGCCUCUGCGAACAUGCGCCCACCACAAAAACACUUUCUACAACCUCACGUAGUAUAUGCCCAGCAUUACAAUAGCUACAAAGAGCUUUCGGAUGCAAGAAAAACCUUCCCCUUUACGAAUCGUAACAUCGAGAGCAUGCUGAUCCCCCACAAUCUCCUCCAGCUCUGGUCUAAGGCUGGCGGUGCACAUUGGCGGACAGCACACAUUGAUGAGCAGGUUGCCCAAGCAGGAAGGCGUUCGUACUUAAACUCGAAACGGCGUUUAGACCUUACGUUCCGUGGCUCUCGAACCGCAAGUCUAGGGACACGCGAAGAGUACCGGGUCCAGCUGGAAGUAUUCGAGAUCCUUGACCUGGACACUCAACCCUUCCGCCACACAGAGCCUCGGCCGUACUUUUCCAUCCCUACCGCAGAGGCACUGCAUUUUCUGCGUUGGGAACUGAACCGUUGGCUUGGAGCGCUGGACUAUCUCCUAAUGAGCAAAACCUAUCUGACACCAGCUUCCAGCGCUAUGGGAACUAUACUUAUAAAGAUUAUUAAGACUAUUAGUAUCCAGUGGCUUGGCCUUGGAAUCCACCAAACCGUUGAGGAGACCGGGAUGACUUGGCUAAGGCAUUCUAUGUUUGACUGGGAGCAACUACAGUUUCAUAAAUCUAUUAAGAGCCAAAUCCGCUUCUUCAUACCCGACUCACAGAGGACCUACAAGCAACGUCAACAACAAGUAAAAGCUAUUACUAGACUCUAUAAUAGGAUAAGCAAUAUUGCCAAGAGUCUACAGAAGGACGGCUCGGCAAGCGACAAUCAUAACCUCAAUCGGAUUCGGCGAAUCUACUUCUUGGCUUUGACCAUGGAGAUGCUUAACUACGGCAAGAACAAGCAGCCAUCGCCUCCACCAAAGGAUCUAGAGAGCUACAAUUAUGGGAUCUGUAAGGCUUGGCUUUCUCAAUAUUACGACGACGACUUCUAUAUCCCUAGGGAUUGGCGGAUAUGUAACACAUGGCGAGAACGCCCAACGUGGGCCCAGCUCAUUCAGCAGCUCUUUGACUGGGAUGAUCAACAUCUAUAUCGGGUUUCUUUCACGCAGCAGCGUUGGGAUAGUCUCCAGUACCGCCUAGUAACCCGACAUGCGUUCGAGGAACUGUCUCGAGCCUUGGAUCUUGAUGCUGCAAAUGACUGGAGGAGAUCACUCGGGACGCAUGGAUGUCAGUUCUUUUAG